UAUCCGUUACACACAGACAGGUGGAAUAAGCAAACCCCAUCCAUCCAUCCAUCCGACGAGGCAGCCAUGGGUUGGGCGGUGACGCCAGCGAGGGCUCCGUGGCGGCCGCAGAUAACGCUUUCCUUCGUCGAGUGAAGAGCUCAGGGAGGAGAGGUGCAAGCUUGGUGGCGCCGGUGGAUAGGAUAACGUCUGUGGCAGAGGAAGCAGGCUGACAGUUUGACCGCACUGGUACGGUGUUUUCUCGGUUUUGUUCGUACCAGCAUCAGGGUGCUGUUUGGUCGUGAGCAAAGGGCGUUCUUGUCGGUCCGCCCGCACAGAUGCAGUCCGUCCUACAAACAGCACGCUGUCUGUCUGCAAGGAAGAUUCUCCCAAGUGGCGGCUGGGACGGCUUGUCGAGUGAGAAUGAGCGGUGCUAAGCCAGGGCGUCAUGCCAGAGAUUGGUGUCUCUCUGCAUGGACACACACACAUAGAAGAUGUGCAGAUCCUGAGCCAUUCAUCCAUCCAUCCACGUGUGCUUACGAUUUGCGAGUGACAUGGCCGCUUGGGAAAGGCCAAUGACCCUAACACUACGUCGGAUUGGCCACGACCAGCACACGGGGACGGGCAAUGAGCACUCGCGCAUGUGGCGGACUGGCGAACAAAACACAGAGAUGGACAGAAAGCCAUGGGACGCGACACACGUGUGUGGGGGGGGUUGGGGCUUUGGGGAUUGCUUACGGCUUGGUCAUAGAGUGAGGUACAGUGCUGGUCGGGAGCCACAGGGAGGGCAUGUGUGUUGUGUGUGGGUGGGCGAGACGAUUGUCGAAGCGACUACGCCUCCCUCCCACACCACACACAUCGCCUGAGCCAUCCCGGGUGAUGGACGGGAUACGGCCGAAGCAGCCUUCCCCCGCCCAUCGUGGGCUGGCUCGGACGACUGACAUGGCCCACCUGCCAAGGCACGCACACACGAGACACACCGGUGGUCACAGCUUGGUGCGUCCAGUGCUCCCUCACGUACCUUCUCAAGGUUGCACAUAUCAACCCGCCUCGGCACGAGCUCUUUGGUGACCAUCGCCGCCCCGUACGCAGUCGAUUCGUCGGCCACAUCCCCUCCGACUCCCAUAAUGCGCUGCCCGAUGCGGUCACCGUUGCCGGUGGUCGGUGCCGGUGGCUGUGCCUGGCCAGCGGCAGCAGCAGCAGCAGCAGCUGGGACGAGAGACGGAAUUGGUGCGGCAAGCUUCUGCUGCUUCAACUGCGGUGCGGGGGGUGGAUCGAUGACGCCGGCCUUCCUGGGCACCUCACGCGGGCGGGCCGAUGGCGCGAUCGAGGGAUGGUGAGUGGCGCCAGGGUCUGGUUGGCUUCGUUAUGGACCGACCAUGUGUAUCAUCUGAUUGAUGGACCGACACAGAUGGAUGGAUGGAUGGAUGGUCGACUGUUAUGAUGCAGCAUGUAAUUACUUACCUUUUGGUAGAGUAAAGGACCGCGAGGCGAACCGGGGCGCUUUGUAUCCCCCCACACAAUUGGCCCGUCUUGACAUAGGCGUUGUGCCUGUUGGACAACACAUCAACCAAAGGGUGCGUGCAGUGCCGUCGUGUCUGCGUCUCGUGUGUGGGUGGUGCAUACGUGCGAUGUAC